CAGCUCACACUGGACCCCAACACAGCACACAGAGAGCUGUCUCUAUCUGAGGGGGACAGGAAGGUGACACACACACACAGAGAGCUAGAGCAGCCAUAUCCUGAUCACCCAGAGAGAUUUGACUCCUGGCUGCAGGUGCUGUGCAGAGAGGGUCUGUCUGGGACUCGCUGUUACUGGGAGGCUGAGUGCAGUGGGGUGGCUGAUAUUGCAGUGGCGUAUAAAGGAAUCAGCAGGAAAGGAGGAGGGGUUUCUGACAGUGUGUUUGGAUGCAAUGAUCAGUCCUGGAGUCUGUGGUGCAGUCGUGUCGGGUUCUUUGCUCAGCACAAUAAUAACAGCACUUCCAUACCCGCCCCCUCCUCCCGCUCCCCCUCCUCCCGCAGAGUCGGAGUGUAUCUGGACUGGCCGGCCGGCACUCUGUCCUUCUACAGCGUCUCCUCUGACACUCUGACCCACCUGCACACUUUCCACACCACAUUCACUCAACCCCUCUAUCCUGGGUUUGGGGUUGGAUGGAGCGCUUCAGUGUCCCUGUGCAUGCUGGGAUAG